CCUAUUACUUACGUAGUCGUCCUCCGUUUCGGAUCACAAAUAUUAAUUACUUGCAAUAUUUGUCGCGCGUAUUUUUUACCGUCGUCUUAAACAGUUUGUUAGACAAUAAUUGUUUUCAGUUCUGUAAUAAUUCAGUUUGUUAGCAUUGGAAAAGAGUCAAAAUGGUAAUUAUAGCGGAUCAUGUUGCCCUGCUUAAAAAGCAGGCAGCUGAACGACACAACAUCAGCACAGAAAGAUGUCACAUAGGACACGUAAUAUUGGAGGGGAUGCUGCAGUACCCUGAUACCAUCCAUCAGAUUGAUGCAGUGACACAGAAGCAAGAAACAAACAUCUCUGUGGCAAAUCGUACAAAGAGAUUGGCCACUGCAAUGAGGAAUUACGGAUUGAAGGUCAACGAUAAUAUUAUCGUCAUGGGUAAUAACCACUUGGAUUUGUGUAUACCGUACUUCGCCUGCCACUUUAAUGGUUAUGCUUUGUGCGCUGUGGACCCCAUUAUGACUGCUGAGGAUCUUCAAACCCUCUUCCACUAUGUAUCUCCAGAAAUGGUAUUCUGUUCUAAGGAUAAAGUAGAAGAUACGAAAAAUGCGUUGUCAAAGAACAAUUUAGAAACACCCAUUGUAGUAUUCGAUGACAAAGAAAACGACUUAGAAGCAUUUGUUAAAAAACACAACGGCACUGAAGAACAAUUUUGCCUUCCUGACUUUGACCAUUCUAAAACUAUAGCGUGGCUUAUGUUGACAAGUGGAACUACAGGUCUUCCAAAAGUGGCCGUGAUACCCUUUGACACAUUACUCAGCGGCUUGUGCUGUUGGUGGGUACAGUUCACGGAUGAUAUGGAUUAUGCGUUGGCUAUGGCGACCAUUCAAUGGAUGUCAUCCCUGAUAAUCUUUUCUAGUACGUGUUUGAUGAACUUCACACGUGUUCAACUAUCAGUACCUAUCACACCUCAGCUUCUUAUCCACGUCAUUAACAAAUACAAGCCCAAGGCUUGCGCAUGGACGCCAUAUCUUUUGGGCCAGUUCCUGCGUGCCGCCGGGGACUUGUGUGACUUAAGCAGCUUUAAGUACAUCGCUAUCGGUGGCAGCUCCAUUGAAAAGCCUUUGUUUGAUCAAUUCAGUGCAAAAUGCGGUGCCUAUUUAUACUUGGUGUAUGGAAUGACUGAACUACUUGUGCCUGUAUUUGAAUACAACAGAACCACGCCUUUCGGUUCCACUGGCAAGCCGAUGGACAAAUUCCAGUAUAGACUCGUCGCAGAAGACGGCAGUACUGUAACGAAACCUAAUGAGGAUGGAGAGCUUUGGCUUAAAGGAGACGCAUUCUUUAAAGGAUAUUUCAAUAACCCCGAGGAAACCCGAAAAAUCAUAAAUGACGAUGGAUGGAUCAUGACUGGCGACAUAUUCUACAAAACCGAAGACAACUAUUACCACUUUGUGGAAAGAAAACGACUUCUAAUUAAAUACUGUGGAUUUUGGAUUUCUCCACUGCAAUUGGAAGAUGUGAUCAAGCAACACCCAGCUGUGGCCGAGGUGUGUGUAGUGGGCAUUCCCGAUAAAGAGACAACGGAGACGCCCGUAGCAAUCAUCCAGAAGAAGAAUGGCUGCCAAGUCGAGGCUAGCGAAAUCUUCAAACUUGUCCGAGAAAAAAUGCCGGACGUAAAACAACUGCACGGAGGUCUUUACUUCCUUGACUCUCUACCUCAAACUCCAUCCGGCAAGGUUCACCGAGCCAAGUUGAAAGAAAUGACAAUCACCGCCACACGGAUUAUGCCAACCCAAUAAAUAAAAACAAUUAUGUAGAUAAACGCAUUAAAAAUAGAUGUAUAAGUUUGACGACCUCAGUAGCGGUUAGCACUGUGGGCGCAAAUGAAGAGGUCCCGGGUUCGAUUCCCGGUAUGACAAAUUUGAGAAAUGAACUGAUCUUAUAGUGACUCUGGUACUCAUAGAACAGGGUAUUCCCUGGCAAUUGGUGUAGUCUGUCAACUGAUUCUUAUUAGAAACUCAAUAACAAUAAAAGUUGAUCAACGACAUUCGUAGAUGAUGAUGUGACGUAGCCUCUGUCGACGACUCAUUAUAUAAGUUCAUACUCAAAGUUCCAGCAAAAAAAUUGUAAAUACUGUAGAGGCACGACUGCCGGUGCAAAAUCGUUUGUUUGUCGAUAUUUUAUCAAAUACCGGAAAAUUAGACAUGGAUUGAGAUUAUUACCCUUACAUGCUACUUUAAUAUGUCGGUUGUACGUACGUGGUGCUUAAAUCAUCGUACGGAUUAAUGAGUAAUUUUAUUUUCCUAUACGCCUGUUUAUUGACAAAUUACAAAAUUAUCCUUAUUAGAAUAAAUGUAUAUGUCAAUCUGGACCACAUCAGAUAAUAUUAUUAUGAUUGCUCAAUUUAUAUUGCUACCGCAAUCUUUACGCGGACAAUUACUCUUCCCACAGCCCGUGAACCUCCCGGAUACAUCUCGACAAACGAAGCUACGUACUACUUACUAAUAACAUAUUAACCCUGUCAAGAAAGUUCCAUAGAUCGAUCGAUAAUGUGCAUACGACAUCGUAGAUAAUUUAAUUAGGUAUCUAUUUUUUAUAUUUUUAUUUAGGGUUUGGUCAAAUUGUUAUUA